AUGCUCGAUAUCAUAUGUAUCCGGCCGCUGUGCGCGGAUAUUGAUAUCGUCUGUAUAGAUCGGCGCGCGAUAUAUAGCUCACGCGAGCCGUCGCGAGGAGAGCGCGAGCGAAGCAUCGAGCUGCCGGGACGCGCGACGAUCCUCCAACGAGGUGUGACUGAGAGCGACCGCGAGUUACUCGCCGAUCACUUGGACACCAGCUAUCAAAAUGUGACGAUUUGCGCGCGGCCGGGGCGGGACACUUCUCUCCACUUCUUCUAUCUUUAGUCGGGCGCGCGAAGGAAGUGCACCGGAGGAUUCCAAAAAGCCGAAAAAAACAUGGCGGUCGCGGCGAGUUCCUUCGACGCUUGGCUCAGUGAGAGGCUCCGGGCUCUCAAUACGGACGAGAGCGUCUUCGGUACGUACAUCAGGGGUAUCCUCGAGGGCGACGAGUCCGAGGACGAGAAGGCCGAGGCGCUCGAGAGCAUACUCGCGGGCAUUACGGAGGACAAUAUCAGCAAGCAUGUGACGGAGAUCUUGAACGCGUGGGCGGAAUGGCUGCCGUCGGAGGACGUAGCCGCGGCGACCGUGCCGACGGAGGACGUCGAUGUUCGACUGGCACGAAUGCUCGAGUCGCAGAGCCUACCCACGACAACGCAGAGAAGUUACACCGAGGAGGAGAAACGAAUUCGUGAGGCUAUUUUAGCGCAAUACAGUCAAAUGUCCGAUGAGGAGAACAGCGAAGGGGACGGAGAAGAGGACGGCGGAGGCGGCGACUGUGGGAUCGAGAAGAACUUGAAUGCAGCGACCAUCAUACAGCAGGAGAGGGAAAAGAGAGAAAAGGCCAAACUCGAGAGCCAGAAGAAGAAAGAGAAGGACAAAGAGGACAGAGAGAAACAGAAGCAAUUGAAAGAAGAGAAGAAGGAGAAGAGGAAGACUCAGAAAGGCGAGAGGCGAAGGUAGCAUCGGAAAGAGAAUGAUGCAAGAUUUACCUCAAGAUUGAACAUCAUCGAGUACAUAACGCUCUGGCAUUCAUCAUAUAUGUCUAUCAUCGUAUAUGUUUAUCGUCGUGCAUGCAACGAUCUCCGACAACUAUUUAAACCGGUCAUCGACCUUACAUCUUUCACUAGACGGAUAUGUAUGUAGUACUCGUGUCGUUAGAGGAUGGAAUCAUAGACUCAAUACGAAUGCAUACUUCACAGAAGAACGGUAUAUCCUUGCGACAUAAUGUUGGAUCAUCUCCUGUGCCUUCUCUCUUUCUCAUUUUUUUUUUCUUUCUUUCUGAAACACUGUCCCCCCUCUUCUUCGUAAGAUUUGUUACUUAUGCGUUCUUGUAUUUUAUUUUUUAAAUAUAUCCCGACGGUCUCUGUA